UAAAACUGUAUUUAAACAUAGCAACAAAUAUAUUAAUGUGACAGGUUUAAUGCUGAUUGAUGGAAAACACAAAGUAAGAUCAGUAUCUAGAAAGAUCUGAGGUCUGACAGUAGAAUUGAUUGUGGAAUCACUACUUUGCCAUUUUUUUAACUCACUGUUAUCGUUUCUAUCCAUAUUGUUUUUUAUUUAUUAACUGCUUAUUAUUGAGUUUUAAAGUAUUUGCAGCCUAAUUAAUAACCAUUAGUACUCUCCUUUAUAAACCAUUCAUAAACCCUUCAUAAAGGUAGUCUUAUUUUAAGGUGGUACCCUCAUCUCAAUAAUGCCCCACCCCUAUUUCUAACAUGCCGAUGGGAAGGCAGAGGGCACCAGUUGGCCAAUCCGAACACAGGGGGUGUGGUAAACUAUAUGAAAAUGGGUGGGGAAAAGAAUAAGACAGGCUUAGAGAUAAGAGAUAAAGAAUAAAACGGGGGCAUCUUAAAGCACAGUGGUUAGUGUAUCAUCUUUAGCAGCUGGAAAGGACUUUGGGUGGCAUUUUCUGCUUUAUUUCCACGUUGCUUUAUUUAUCUACACUGGAUGCAACUGAGCUUGGGCAUCAUCACCCAGAACUAGACUGUAACUGGUAAUUCUGAUCAUUAGUGAUUUUGACCUUUCUAGGGAACAGAAGACGGGAGCAGCAGCUGGACGAUGAUUACGGACAUGUUGGGGAGCAUCCACACCUCCUGCGAUGUUCCAGCUGGGGCAGUUUUUGGACCAUGUGACCCCUCUGGUACCUCACUGGGGGACAGCAUUGCCAUUAUAGCCCUGAAGUGCUCAGACAGGCGUGCAACAGCGUACACUCAUCAGGUGGACACUUCAUUGGCCGGUCACUCUCUGGAAGCCCCAGUCUGGCUCCGGCUGGUGCGGUCGGCCCGGUCUGCAGAAGAACAAAACCUGGAGGCGUUUGUAAAGGACAGUCAUCUGUUUUAUCGAGCCCUGAAGAACAUCUCCAAGAUGUCGGAACUUCUGGUUUGGUACGGGACAGAACUAGCUGAGCUGCUGAACCUUACAUGCGCUCAGAAAAGUAAUAAAGGCUACAGAUGCUGUUUCUGCAGACAGAGCUUUCUGUUCGAAUUCCCUUUUCUGGCUCAUCAGAGAUUCUUCUGCUCUGAAAGACCAGCGAGAGUCGGCAACAGCAAGUCAGGAUCAGAAUCCUCCAAAGUUCAGAACAAAGCAUCUAGAGAUUUCCACAGUCUGGCCAAAAACCUGGAGAGUUUUACUAAAAGGAGACACUCUUUAGAUUCGGAGUCUGGCGAAGAAAGUGACGAGGAGAAGCUUUCACUUUCUGGAGAACACCCUCGUGCACCUCCUUCGUUUAAACGAGCGUGCGCUACAGUCGUGAAAAGAAAGCCUGGGGGUUGCGAUAGCAGAAUGAUCAAUGAGGGAUGGCGUUCUUCACCCAGGGCAACCCAAAGCCUUGGCAACCUAGAAGUUCUGGACUCAAAGCCCAUUGAAAAUUCACCAGGACCCCAUUCUGUGCCCCAUACUAGAAGGAGGUCUCCAUUAGUGACCGCUGGUCCAGCCCACAAGGAGAAAAGUGCAUUCGUCCGGCCUCCUCGCUCAAUCUCCCAAACAGCCAAUCAGGCCACGUCAUUCAGAUUCAGCCCUGGAAUCACUCCAACUACAUUUCCCAGCAUACCCACCCUCCCUAACCCCGCUGCCCAGGCAACUAAACAACCCCAGGACCCGGCGCUCGUCAGCAGGGGUCUCCUCAGACAACAGUCGCUCCUCUGUCAGGAAUCAGGGCUCUGGUCCAGGAUGUCCUGGUCCCCCCUCCUCCCCCGUCCCCCCGUCCCCGCUGUCCCCGCCCCCCCCGGGCUCUGUCCUCCGGUCCUGACCCUGCAGAACUGGUGCGCAAAGUGCAGCAUCUCCUUCCACAUGACCUCCGACCUCGUUCAGCACAUGAGGUCUCACCACAAGAGGUCCUCAGAGCGCCCCCAUCAGCAGCAGCAGGACGCCAAGCCCAGGCUGAGGUGCCCCGUCUGCCAGGAGGGCUUCAGGGAACGCCACCACCUCUCACGCCACAUGACUUCUCAUCUGUGACCUGAUUGGCAGAUCCUGAAUAAAGUUGUUAUGCUUGUAUGAACAUAUCUGACUUCAGGUCUGUCAUUAUUAUUAUUUUUAUUAUAUGUUAUUAUACCACAGUUAAUUAAAUCUGACCCUGCAAUGUAAUGGGCUAAAAGAGGCGUUCUAUUAGUGCCGCUACCAGCCGGUAAUGCACUGUAACCAAGGCUCUGUAACCAAAUGUAUUACUCCGCCACAUACAGGUAUCAACGAUGCAGCGCUUACAAACCAAACAGAGCAGUAAUGGAACUAUUUUAACUGUGUUUAUAACCAAACAGAUCCAAUUUUUUCUCCUCUUUAACUCUUUAAAAUAUUUUAAUAAACAGAGAUAAUGAAACUGUGGUAUAGUUAAGCAAUAAUACACUUAAGGUUCGUGCUAUAACGUGUCAUAUUUACCACAGCAUAUCAGUGCCAAUACACAUUAUAGCACGAUACUUGAGUGUAUUAUUGCUUAAUUAUAUUCAUAAUAAUCAAUUAAGGUAAUAAUAAUAACAAUCUGUUUCUAUGAUUUUAACAAAUUGAAGAUGGAUGAUCACAAGCCAUCAAACCAAACUGAACUGCUUGAAUUUUUGCACCAGGAGUAAAGCAGCAUAAAGUUAUCCAAAAGCAGUGUGUAAGACUGGUGGAGGAGAACAUGAUGCCAAGAUGCAUAAAAAAACUGUAAUAAAAAAACAGGGUUAUUCCACCAAAUAUUAAUUUCUGAACUAUUAAAACUUUAUGAAUAUGAA